CUGUGAUUCUGUGUUGUGGGUCUGCUGUGGGCACAUUUCCUGGGGCUGGGUCUCAAGGAGACAUUUAACUUCUCCCUCACAGACAGACAGGCAGUGAGAGCAGGGCACGCCGGGAGACACCUGCAGGUAUCACGAUACGUGUGCCCUGUCGUGCUGCGAGAGAACGGAGGAACCGCUAGAACGGCACCGUUUGUGCUCCACUUGUGACUUCCCAUGACAGCCCCACGUACGCUCCGGCCCAGCCAGACCGCGGCCUCCCACCGCUCGGGGUUUCGGUGCGAGGCCUCUGCCCUCUCGGCCACACCGCAGACCGGGGCGGGGCAGCCAGCGGGGCGGCCAAUGAUCGCGGGGCGGCUGUGACGGCGGUGGGCCGGGCCGUGCCGUGCCGAGCCGUGCCGGCCGGGCCGCACCUGUUACAUAAGGCGGCGGGCGGCCGCUGAGCGCCCCGUCCCCGGCCGCCCCUUGCCGUUGCGGCCCGGCCUGGCAGGGGGCUGCCGGGCGGCGCUGUCAGGCUGCGGGGCGGCAGCGGCACCAGCCGGGGAUGAGCCCGCCGGGCGGUAAGGAGGGCGGCCGGAGGCGGCGCCGGGUAGCCAUGGCGGACGGCAACGCGGACUGGAUGGGCUCGCUGCCGGCGGCGCUGCGCAGCUACCCGCUCUCCAACCUGGCCAUCCCAGGAUCACAUGAUUCUUUCAGCUACUGGGUUGAUGAGAAAUCUCCUGUGGGACCAGACCAAGCCACAGCCAUCAAACGGUUGGCCAAAAUUUCUCUAGUUAAAAAGAUUAUGAAGAAAUGGUCAGUAACUCAAAACCUGACUUUCAAAGAGCAGUUGGAAGGUGGGAUCCGCUAUUUUGAUCUUCGUGUAUCUUCCAAGCCUGGGGAAAUAGGACAGGAGAUUUACUUCAUACAUGGAUUGUUUGGCAUCAAAGUAUGGGAUGGACUAAUGGAGAUUAACACCUUUCUUGAGCAACACCCCAAAGAAGUCGUCUUCUUGGAUUUCAAUCACUUCUAUGCCAUGGAUGACAGCCAUCACUUCUUCUUGAUCAACAGGAUUCGCUCGGCAUUUGGAUCUAAACUUUGUUCCGUAGAGUGUGUAGAAUACGUGACGCUACAGUACAUGUGGGAAAAGGAGCAUCAGGUACUUAUUUUCUACCACUACCCCUUGUAUAGAGAAUUUCCCUUUCUAUGGCCAGGGAAUAAAAUGCCAGCACCAUGGGCUAAUACGACCAACGUGCAUAAGCUCUUGCAGUUCCUGGAGACCACUCUUGAGGAACGAAGUCGUUAUGGGACUUUCCAUGUUUCUCAAGCAAUUCUCACUCCUCGAGUGAAAACUAUUGCACGACAUCUAAUCCGUGGUCUGAAGAACACACUUGUUCAUAGGAACCUGCCCAUGAUUUUGAACUGGGUGAAAGCACAGAAACCAGGUGUUAUGGGUGUUAACAUAAUUACAUCUGACUUUGUGGAGCUGGUUGAUUUUGCUGCUACAGUUAUUGCACUGAAUGACCUUCUUCUAGAAGAGGAUGGUUCUUCAAGUAAAUCCUGAAUGCUGUGUCCCACUUGUACUCCUCAGUGAAGAUCUUUCAAUCAUGCUAAAUGCUUUUUUUUAAGUGAAACCUACUGUAAUCAGUUAAUUUAAAACAAAGUUUUCUAGAGGAAAUGUGGUUUUAAAAAAUCAUAUACAGGAGGUUUUUUCUCCCAGGGCUCUGUGGAUCUGAGUGGAACACAGAGUACCGGCUGAGUGCUGCUGCAUGUUUUUUUGUGGCAACAUGUUUGACUAAGUUAUGCACACAUCUGCUGCAGCACACAGUGUUGUCUGCCUGCCAACAAGAGGCUGGCCUCUGAAGUAGAUGUACCCGGUUACUGUACGUAUCUCCUUGGUGACUAGACUCACCAUGUUUGUGUUCAUCCUGCUUUUUUUCAACUCAAGGACUCAAAUCAAGGAUCAUCGCUGAUCCCUUUGUAGCAGUUUUACCAUUGCAGCCAAGACUUUUUUGUUCUUUGGCCACCUCAGGCAUAUCUGAUCUCAGCUGGAUGCUGCUCUUGUAUUCGUCACACUGUUUUAGAUGCUACCUCUGACUUAAUUGGGGAGGGGAAAAAUAAAACAACUGACACCCCUGUUGUUCAGGGAGAAGCAGUUGCUGCACUCUUGAAUAUCUUAAAUAUCCUUUGGGCCCAAGAUGCAAAGACAUGGCACACACUGUCUCUUUGGCAUCCAAGCUCUCCUAAACUCCUAACUAAAAUAUUUUACUUCAGUUCUUUAUUGUGACCAUGAUUUAACGUGUCUUUCUUCUGACAUUAAUUUGGAGAAUAUUCCUGUCCUUAAAUUAUCGGUAUUGUAACUCACAAUUCUGAAUUCUUGUUGUGAGACAACUAAAACAAAAACCAGCAACCUUUCUUUGAUGUGCUGGUCACUUUUUCUCAUCCAUCAAGAUCUGUGAGGAAAAUCUCUCACCCAGAUAGUCCUUCUAUGGAAGGAGGCGGGCUAAGUGGGAAUUUGCUUGGUAUUCAAAACAGUACUGAUAGGGACUGCUCAGAACUGAGAUAUUGGAUCUGAGUUUUACAGAGUGACAGUGAAUUCCAAAACUGGACUCAAAUGUUAUGCUUGCAGUCAGAGCUCCCACAGUUAUGUAGGAGGAAUUUCCUCAGCUUUUACCCACUUGUGACAAAGUAAGCUGUAUUCACAAGGGCUAGCAGGCAUUGGUGCUGAGUGUAGUCAGGGUCAUUUUUGUGUUGAUGCACAACAAAUGUGACCAUGUGCUUGAGCCAAUGAAGUCACAUGUUGAUACUUCUGAGCACUUAAUUGAUGAGCUGACAGUGGCCUCGUGGUCUGCUUAUCUUGGGUUAAAAAAGCAACAUUGCUGAGCAGAUACUCCUCGAUUGUCUUCUGAAACCGGCUGCUGGUGCACUAAUUAUUCAGUGGUUAUUAACUUGUAUUAAUCUAUUCAUAAGAGAAUGAAUCAUCUCUACGGGUAUUUAUUACUUAUCUUAUUCUGUGUAUGUCAUUGUGAUGUGACAGCACAGGAAAAAUUCCAAACCAUUUUGUUUGUUUGUCACAACUUUGAACUCAGGACUUUUAUCUAAAGGUUUGCCAGCCUUCCACAUGAGCCUUGGACAAGUUCUGAGCAGACUGUGAUCUGAUUUAUCUUAUCUGCUUGUUGCAUGGUUUUUGCUUGAGUUCUUUGCAUUUCUUUUAAACUGAAUUAAGCUGAAUCUUUUUUUCCCUUGGGAGGUGGGGAGGUUCUGUCUUUCAGUCUGUCUUUCCUCCUGUUGAGCUUCAGUGAGGCAGGGGCAAGUAAAUAAAGCAAUCCUGGGGAAAUAAAGCUCAACUUUCUAGUUUAAAAUUUAGUUUGACAACUCCAGCAGCAGAUUUUUAUUGCUGUUUUCUUGUUGGUUAAACUCCUAGAACUUGUUCUGAUCAGUGCUAUUUUGUUUGCGCUGUUAUUUAAAAUACCCGUUUUUCUUCAGCUGAGUCUUGUUAACGUACCUUUAGCAUGGCCAAAACCAGAACUCCAUAAUAGUAUUAAAUGUACAGAUUCUGUUUCAGUGGUCUUCUAGCUACAAAUUAUCUUAGAGCAGGAAAACUUAGAUUGGAUGCUGAUGAAGCAGAAAUAAAACAAUACAUUUGCAGGGUUUCCUGCAGAGCUAGAAGACGAGAAGGUGAAAUAGGUAUGAUGCUGGAAUUUGACCCUUAAUAUGUUUUGUACUGUAUAUAUCUACCUCAAAAGAGAUUUAUUCAGGCAUAUCUAAUAUUUAUUUUGUGUGUGCAGAGUAAUGGCUGUGUUCUUAGUCCUUUUGUUCUAUUUAUUUGAAUAGAGAUGUGAUGAUUGCAACUCAGGGUUUUGGUUAGGAAUUUUUGAGUACAAACUCGAGUUUUUUUUUUUACUUAUUUGCUGUUGGCUCUAGCCUCUUGAAAUAGGACAGAAGAGUGCUAGGUAUUAGGGGUGUUGUUAGCAGAGGGACAAGAAAUGCUAAAUAGCUUUAGGAUUAAUUAUGAAGUAUGAGGAGAAACUCUUCUGUAAACCUGGCCCCUCUGAAGAGGCUCAUCUUGUUUCAGGGCAGUGCUUGGUGUUCUGCCUCUGUGAGGAACCUGACUUCCUUAGUAGGAAGCUGGCAACUGUCAGGUACAAUCGCUUGCUGCGGGAUAUCUCCUGGAGAUGCUCUGAGCAGUGUUAGUACUGAUGUGUAGAACUGAUUUUAGGGUAUUUCCAAACUGUCCUGAGCAACAAGAACUGUCUUUCACCUGUUAAAUAUCAUAGCCCACAACAAAACUGCUCAUGUGAUGGGCUCAUUCCUCUCAGCCCCACAGCAUAUCCAGAUUCCCUUACACACUGAAAAUAAGCUUCUCUGUGACUUGUGUUUGAACUGCGGACUCUUAUUUUCCAGUAGAAUAGAAAUGACAAGGAAGAGGUGACCUGGGCAGGAAAUGAGGGUGAGGGAAGUAGGGCGGUAGGCUGCAUCCAGAUCCCAUGCUUGAGGUGUGGCAGUGCUUAGUCAGGUUUCUGGCAGCAGUGGCGAGCAGGUCUGGUGGGUGCUGGCGGUGGGCACUGCUCAUACAUACUGAGAAGCUCAGCUGAGUCUUGCUCUGAGUGGGCUGCAGCUGGGUCAGGUGUGAAACAGCAAGCGGGCAGCAAGGCCUUGUGCGUGCGAGCUUGAGGGUAAUGAAGACUGGCAUUAGUGCAGGAGAAGGCUAAGGGAUCUGUGUGGAUGAUGCAGACCUGCAUCUGUUGAGCAUGGUCAUAGCUUUACUUGCAUCUUCCCAAAGCAAUUGGAUUCACUUUUAAACAGUUUAGGUGGAAAACUCCCUGAGGAAUUGAGGACUUGGUCAUUUUGUAGAUGCUGGGAGAGAAGAAGUCCAUAAACUAAUAGCUGCUUGAGGCAAAGUACUUGAAAUGUGUGUUCUUGAGUAAUUAUUUAUAUGGCUUGUUAUUACAGAUUCUGUUUACUUUUUUUGCUGUUUCAUGGCUGUCACUUCUAUUCCUUGUGUGCAGAUGCUGAAUGCUGGGCACACUGGUGGUGUGCCUGUGCUCCUGGCACUGAGUGCUGCCAUGUACAACCCUCAAGCACACCUGAGGUUCACAGACCUCUGCCCGCAUCCUGGUAGGGAGCAGCAGGGAGAUGAGCAUCAGGAACAUAGGAGUUGUAGUGUCUUACCAUGUGCUUGUAAGUGAAAGUUAAGAAUUGUAACUAACAAGAUUUUCAGACUAUUGAUCUCUUAGCUCCUUUUUUUUUUAUUUGGUGAGGGGGAACUGUGGUCCAAUUUAACAAUCAUGGAGCUGAGAGUUGUAGUUUUUUGUUUGCUUAUUUUUUUCUUGUUUUUCUGGUGUUUUUUUUUUUUAAUUGGAGAACAAAAGGCAAAUUCCCAUUGUCCAAGUUUCUUUCAGGUGCUUUGCUGUGAUGGUGAAAAUCCCUUAUCAGCACCAUCUCCAGUGGGGUGUUUCAAGGGUGUGGUGGUCAGUGGCACAUAUUGGACUGGGGUAGCCGUCUCCUUAUAAUCAAUGUUUCUACUAAACUGAUGUUUUAGGGAAGGAAGGAACAACUGAGAAAAAUGGGAUCUUCUGCUUCUGACACCUAUUUUUCUGUUGUUUUGAUACUAAAAUAAUAUGUUGGUGUUCAGGAGGCACUCAUGCUAUAAUGAUCAAGUUUUUAGAGCAGGGACUUUAGUUCAAAGUAGGGUGUUUGCCAAGGUAUUUAUCUAUUGUUCUGAUCUGGCUAAGCCUUGGAAAUAUUUUCCUUGUGUACCUGUCUCAGAUGUCAGAGUUCAUUCUUGCAUAAUUAGCAGUUCUAGUUCUAGAAUUUUUUCUAAUAAACAUGGGUCAUGGAGAUACUGAUUUAAAGUAGAUUAAACAUGACAGUGAGUUGACAGGGCAUAUGUGACUUGAGGAUUACUUGAAUAUAAAAUAUUUAUUAGUGUUCAUAUGCACUUUCAGGUAGACUUGAGCAUAUUAUUCCUCAUCCCUAAAACACUUCUGUGAGAGGACCACUUCUUGGGACAAAAGUUAGGCUGAAUUUGUGGUGGUUGCUUUGAGUGCAGGAAAAUUGUCCCGUGUUGAAGACCAGAACUAACCCAAAACUUAAUUCAAAAUUCAUGCCAUAUCAAGAUGUAGUCCUUUUAGCAGCGAAAAAGAUUUUUUUUUGCUCUUCUAGGUGUCUGAAGGAAAUUCUUCCACUGUCUGGUAGCCAGAGCAUAUACUGAUGAAAUAGUGGAAAUCUGCUGGGUGCUGAUGUUUCCAAGAAUCCCAGUUCAGUUUGCUGACAUAAGGCGCUAUGGUAAAAGUUGAGUGUAUUUGAACUGGCCUCCAUUUAUUAGUUAUUUUACAAAUAACAGUUCUUGGCUUAAGAAAUCAGUGAUUUUGUCAAAGCGCACAAAUCAUGCUCAGUUAGUUUUAUUUGAAUACAGAUUUGAAAAGUUGUUCUGCAGUAGUGAAAUGCUGCACCUGCUGUCACUGGGAGGUGUAAGUGCAGUGCGGGGCUUGCACCUUUCCUGAGGCAAAAGAAUAUGGGCGCUGGUCAGAGACCUUGCAUAGGGCUCCUACGCAGCAGAGCACGCUGAGAUCUGUUUUAACUUGAGCUGGUAGAACAGCCCAAGCAAAUACCAAAGAGUGAAUAGAUUUUAAGCUAAGGAUGUACAUGUUGGGCUAAUGUGGGUAAGAAUGUAGCGUUCUACUUGGUCAUAGGUAGAUACACGACAAUCUCACUAGCACUUCGGUUUAGAUUGUUAAACCAGUCUCUAUUUUACGUUUUUCAAAAAGUCAGGCCCUCUGGAUGUCAGUCUCACUGAAGAAGUAUGUACAUGUAAACAUUUUACUUUUUCCUACAAGUCUUUAAUCUUGUAAACAAGCUCAAGCUCUUAAUUGUAAGGCCUGGAAUAGUACUGUCAGUUUAGUAGUUUGCUGAAUCAAAUUAUGUUUCGUAUUUCUAAAUAUUUACAUAUUGUGUUGUUCAGUGAUACAGUGCUGCUCUUACUCUUUAUAGACCUGUGAUAAUUUACUGUCUGUACCUCUCAAAUUCACCUGUAAUGUAUUCUCAAUUCUUAGGAAAAAAAGUACAUUUAUAUCAAAGUAAUUUUGAUUCUUUAAUUUUGCUCAAUGUCAAAUGUAUUUUGUAAUUGAAUUUCUUGUGUUUAUUCCCUUGAUGGGAGGGGCAAAGGGAGCCAGACGAAGAAGAGUUAAUUACUUGCAAUUCAUAUGUUGUGCAAUUUCUCUUCUUUCUUUUGGCCAUUCAUACUUUUAUCAAUUGGUGCAAUUCAGUCUUAUGGUACCAGGAUGCCUCACUUGAACUGCAGAUAAACUUGGGGUUGACAUCUGUUUGUUUCUGCUUUAUUCUGCAUCUAUAUUGUUGGGGUUUUUAAUCCUGAAAAUAAAAAUAUCAUGUGAGAUAAUC